UGAACCUCCGCUUUAUUACAUCGUAACUUUUUAUUUACGUUUAUAACAUUGCUAGACCGACCCGCAGUCCUGUUGUUGCGUGUUGUAUUUUAAACCUGGAUACCUGGAUUUAUUAUUCAUAGCCUUCAAACGAGCUCAAAGCCGCAUUCAGGUGUAUAAAAGGACACGCGGUUGGUGAUCAGGUCGGAUCUUAUAUAUACCCUUUCAUAUCAUGGGUAUCAGAGGUGUAUUUCAGUUUAUUUUAAAGCGCAGUGUACCGGUGGCCGUUCCUUCGCAAGAUGAAAAAAUUUCCAAAAUGCAGUCGUCAACUUCCCAAAAUGUGCCUGAUCGCAAUUAUACUUGUUCCAUCAUCUCUCCUCAUUACUCUAAAUUGAAUCCCCUGGACCUUCCAGAAAUCAUUUCGUGUGUUGGUGAUUUUCUCGAUAAAAGUGACAUCGCUAAAUGUCUUCGCAUCUCCAAGUCUUUCCACAAUGCUCUUAUCGAAUCCCUCUGGAAAAGGAUCCAUGUCAGACCUCAUUACAGACGCCCAACUGAACAAGCACUGAAGAAACACGGGAGAUAUAUUGAGGAGCUCGUGAUUGAGUUCAAGUUCCCAAAGGGGUACAUGUCGUUGCGGGGUUGUAGUCGCCUCAAACACAUCAGUGUUAAUCUAUAUCCAAGCCGUCCUGUGCCAAAUGAUCUUAUCAAUCUUAUCAGGGCCCACACAGUUACCAAGCUCUCAUUUAAUUGUCAGAGUUUACGAGAGACAUGGAGAGAAUUAUUGGAAUUUGCCCAUCUUGAGGACUUGACCAUUUGUGGAACAAAUAUAAGCAAGGAUGAGAUUGAUUUAUUUUUUCAAGUCUGCAAGAAAAUUAAAUACUUGAACAUGCGCGAGGUGUUCAUCUUUCAGCUACCUUCCAACUUCUUGAACGGCACGGACGAAUUGAUAUUUCCAAAUAUUAUCACGCUACACUUUGUAGCUGUCACAAUAGGCAUCUCCCCACCACAUUCAUCGCCUUAUUGCCUUGGUGUGCUGACUAGGAGAUGUCCAGGGUUGCGAUCAUUGGAUAUUGGUACCCCCUAUAUUAAAAAAGAACCCCCCGAAUUCUUUAGAGCAACAUUCCUCCAUCAUUCCUACACUUUCACCAAUCUGUCCAGUCUACGCCUUGAUAUGAAAAUAGAUGACGAGGAUAUGGCGGCACUUCUCAGACGGAUGGCUGGACUAAGGCGGCUAGAUAUCCCAGAUUGUGAGUUCGGUCCAUUUUCUCUUCAAGAGUUAUUAGCGUACGAGGGAGAAAGUCUGGAUAGUGGGGUCUUAGUACGAAAAAGGAGGGAUCGGCGGCUAUGCGAUACAAUUGAGGAGCUCUUAUUCAAAAGACAAACUGAAAGGACCGAUGGCAUUGUCCAAGCAAUCCUAUCCAAUUGUCCACGUCUAAAGAGUCUGUGGGGACCUAAAAUCACAGUGACAGAAAUCGUCAAUGGAGCAGAAUGGGUCAGUACUGACCUUGUCAGAUUGAUCAUCGACCUUGAAGCUGACGUUGACCAAGAGACUGCGGAGGGUAUGGAGAAGCAGCGUAUUGUGUUUAGGCGGCUAGGCAAGUUAACUCGACUGCGUGAGCUUGCUUUGGCAGGCCGAGGGUCUCUGAUUGCUAUUCGAACGCUGGAUUUGAGGUUAAGAGCGGGUCUGGAUGAACUGGUCAACUUGAAGUGGCUAUAUUCAGUAGAAUUCAAUUAUGUUGGGCAUCGUAUUCAAUAUGAGGAAGCGACAUGGAUUGUAAACAAUUGGCCAAGAAUAAGGUACUUAAGAUACACUUUAAUCAACGAGGUAUAUCCUGCGAACAAACUAAGCACACACCAAUUAGCGGCCGAAUUAUUUAAUUCCCACAAAAUCAGCGCGCAAAAUAACUCAGAUGGUUGGAAGUACAGGUAUUACUAAACUUGCCGGAUCCGCAGCAACGAUAAUAUAAGCUUCAGUAUCUUAAGCGAAGAUGAUUCACAACUACACUUUGGGAAGAUCGCGGGAAAGGACGGUACGAGAGGCUUAGUCUUAGUAUGGUAGUUUAGUGAAAUUAGGAAGGUUUCAAUCCUGGUUUUCCCAAAUGCUUUCCCAAACGAAUUUGUUUAUAA